AUGAUCACGAAACACAUUGCAGAGGUCACAACAAAGUUCAAUCCAUUCAAAAUCACUGGUAGAACAUGCCGUCUUUUUCUUGCAGAGCUACCCGCAGAUGCAAGACAGAACAUGAAGAUCAAUGCAAAAGUCCUAUCUCGUGAUAGCUUAGAAAAGAGCGAGCUGAAAGUCAAGUUCAAGGACGGCAAAGACAUAGACUUGGAUCCAGAAACACUCGUCAACAAGGAUAUCAUCACACAGAUCGACAGACAUUCACGAAUCUUGAAUCGACAAGCCGAACUCACGGCCAGCUGA